UCCGAACCUCCUUUGCCAUACGAACUAAAGAAAGCUAUACUGGGCAGUGGGCAGAGCUGAACUCAACAGUUUUAGUUGCCGCCCUCUCUCUCUUCCUCCCUUUUCAUUCUCUUUUUUACCCCAUUUUUGUUUUCUAAAAAUGUCUGUUAAUGUCAGUAAAGCAGAAGCAAAAAACUUGUUCAUAGCAGCAGGUUGCAACAGAAUAGUCAACAACGUUUCGUGGGGUGCUUCUGAUUUGGUCUCUUUCGGUUCCCAAAAUGCUGUCGCUAUUUUCUGUCCCAAGUCUGCUCAGAUUUUGACAACACUUCCGGGUCAUAAGGCAGUUGUGAACUGCACCCAUUGGCUUCCAAGUAACAAGUUUGCAUUCAAAGCGAAACACUUAGAGCGGCAUUAUCUAUUGUCCGGUGAUGCUGAUGGUACUAUGAUUCUAUGGGAACUUUCUGUUGCUGACACUAAGUGGAGGCAUGUUUUGCAAUUGCCGCAAUCGCAUAGGAAGGGCGUAACAUGCAUUGCUGCGUUUAUGGUUUCUCAAAGCGAUGCGAUAUUUGCUUCUUCUUCUUCUGAUGGCACUGUUUGCGUAUGGGAUUUUGUGCUUCCAACUACUUCUGGGGGUGAAUGUAAAAUUACAUGUCUGGAAACUCUUAUUGUUGGCUCAAGACCUAUGGUGACACUUUCACUUGCACAAUUGCCCGGAAAUGAAGGGCUUAUAGCCCUGGCAAUGGGGGGAUUGGAUAACAAGAUAUACCUUUAUUGUGGGAAGAGGACUGGAAAGUUUGUUCGUGCUUGUGAAGUAAAAGGGCAUACAGAUUGGAUCAGGAGUUUAGAUUUCUCGUUACCUAUAUUUAGUGGUGAAAGCGAAAGUAUUCUACUUGUAAGUUCAUCUCAGGACAAAGGUAUACGCAUAUGGAAGUUGACUCUCCGAGGUUCUCUAGCUGACGCAGAGGGUACACAUAAAAGAGGCGAAAUAAGCCUGGCAUCUUAUAUUGAAGGUCCUGUUUUCGUAGCCAGCUCAUUCUCUUACCAAAUAUCUUUGGAAUCUCUUCUGAUUGGACAUGAGGAUUGGGUAUAUUCGGUACAAUGGCAACCACCUUCAGCGGUUGCUGAAGAAGCGGUUGGCUUCUAUCAACCCCAAAGCAUCUUGUCUGCAUCGAUGGAUAAGACAAUGAUGAUCUGGCAACCGGAGAGGAAAACUGGUAUUUGGAUGAAUGUUGUCACUGUUGGGGAAUUAAGCCAUUGUGCUUUAGGCUUUUACGGUGGCCAUUGGAGCCCUGAUGCAGGUUCUAUCUUGGCGCAUGGAUUUGGUGGUGAAUUCCAUAAGUGGAAAAAUGUCGGUGUUAGCUCAGAUAAUUGGCAACCACAGAAAGUACCUUCUGGGCAUUUUGCAGUAGUGACGGAUAUCUGUUGGGCAAGGUGUGGUGAAUACAUACUGUCAGUAAGUCAUGAUCAGACAACUCGUAUUUUUUCUCCAUGGCACAAUCAAGAUCCUCAGUCUAAUGAGGACUCCUGGCAUGAAAUUGCUCGGCCUCAAGUUCAUGGGCAUGAUAUUAAUUGUGCAACUAUCAUUCAAGGGAAAGGGAACCAUCGUUUUGUUAGUGGAGCAGACGAGAAAGUUGGCAGAGUAUUUGAAGCCCCUUUAUCUUUCUUGAAGACAUUGCAUCAUGCUACUUCAGAACAGUCAAGUUUUCCCGAAGACUUCCAAGCAGAUGUUCAUGUCUUGGGUGCCAAUAUGUCUGCUCUUGGUCUAUCACAGAAGCCUAUUUAUGUAAAUGCAACCCAUGAGGUCCAUGAUAAUCCCGGAAAUGACGGUCUUGACACUCUUGAAUCGGUUCCUGAUGCUGUUCCAGUUGCUUUAACUGAACCUCCUAUUGAGGAUCAACUUGCAUGGCAUACAUUGUGGCCAGAAUCACAUAAACUCUAUGGUCAUGGAAAUGAGCUUUUUUCUUUAUGCUGUGAUCAUGAGGGAAAACUCGUUGCUUCAUCGUGUAAGGCCCAGUCUGCAACAGUUGCCGAUAUAUGGUUAUGGCAAGUGGGUUCAUGGAAAGCUGUCGGUCGUUUGCAGUCUCACAGCUUAACAGUGACGCAGAUGGAAUUUUCUCACGAUGACAGCCUUCUUUUGGCAGUCUCGCGGGAUCGCCAAUUCUCUGUUUUCAAAAUCAAUAGAGGAGGCAUGGAUGAAGUUGAUUACAACCUUAUGGAGAGGAGGGAGGCACAUAAAAGAAUAAUAUGGACAUGUUCGUGGAACCCUUUUGGUCAUGAAUUCGCAACGGGUUCUAGGGACAAGACGGUGAAGAUUUGGGGGGUGGAGAAAGCAUCUACAGUUCAACAGCUUCUGACUUUACCGCCGUUCAACAGCAGCGUCAAUGCCCUGUCUUGGGUUGGUCUCGACCGACAAAGAAAUCACGGUAUUCUUGCAGUCGGAAUGGAAACUGGACUCCUUCAAAUUUGGAGCCUUCAUGUCGAAAGAGGCGAUGACAGCAUUUCAACGCCAAGUGUGACCGCUGCUCUGAUCAUCCGGCUCGAUCCUUUCAUGUGCCAUGUUUCUGCAGUUAACCGUUUGGCGUGGAAGAACCGUGAGAAGAAUGAAAAUUGCAGAAGCCUCCAGCUUGCUUCAUGCGGAGCUGAUAAUUGUGUGAGGUUGUAUGAGAUAACCGUCGACUAACCCGAAAAUCCUUAUGUGUGACUACUUG